AUGUGGUGCUCAAUUCGGCGCAAUGCUGCUCAAGGGCUCUUAAAAUCGGCCAAAAGGAGCUAUGCAGCUCACGUCAAAAGCUAUUUCGAGCUUUAUCCAAAAACAUUUCCUCAAGGUGGCCCUCCUAAGGACUCCUUCAUUAUCAAUGACAGACUGCUAAGAAGAGAACACAGGGGUCUUCAGAGCCAGAACCAUCCGGAUAUUGUGAUGGGCUCAGCAUCACUUCUGAAUGGUGAAGGCGAAGAGGCAAAAAGUGAGAACCAGAUUUCUGCACUUUUAAAUAAGGCCUACUCGACGAUCAAGAACCCAUACACUAGGGCGGCCUACCUUAUAAAAAUUCAGCACCCUGAGAAGCUUGACAUCACACAAGACGAGACAUCAAAAGACCUAAUUGCGAAGUUUCAGCAGUCCUCGUCCGAAUAUACUUUGGACUAUAAGAUGCUACUAAUGACAGUGCUAGAUGCUCACGAAGCGCUUGAGAUGGCUGCGAACGAGGGUGACUUGGAGUCUUUGGCUGUUGAAAAUGACGAAAGGGUAGAAGAGAGCGAGGAGAAAUUGGAGCGUUUGUUCAAAACCGAACCUGUGCCAUGGAAUGACAUCUUGAUCGAGACAAUUAGAUUGAAGUACUGGAUGAAUAUUGCCAAUGGCAUCAAGGAAUGGGAGCCCGGUAAGCCUGUCCACUUGACUCAUUAA